AUGACCUAGUUCGUUACAGUGCAGAGAUCCAUGGCUCUGUGGAGAGCUCGCGCAGCUUCGUCUGCGUUUUCCAGAAUCGGCAACCUCAACCUCCUGAAGCCAUUCUCAUUCCUCAACAAUGCUUCUCGCAAUUUCUCUUUAGGUUCUGCAAAUGCAAAUUCUCAUAGCGCACAUGAGAGAAUGGUGAAUCAAAUGAUGUUUUCUGACAUAAAUGCACAAAUUGGGAGUUGCAUGCCGCUUAGAGCUAUGCGAAUUGGGACAAUCAUUCAUAACAUUGAGAUGAACCCAGGGCAAGGUGGCAAACUGGUCCGAUCAGCUGGGACUUGUGCAAAGAUAUUGAAAGACCCUUCAUCGAGAUAUGUCUUAAUUGAACUUCCUUCAAAGAAGACAAAGUUGAUUGAUUCUCGUUGCAGGGCUACAAUAGGUAGAGUGUCUAAUCCAACCCACGGAGAUCGGGAGCUUAGGAAGGCUGGGCAGAGCCGGUGGCUCGGUCGAAGGCCUGUAGUUCGAGGAGUGGCGAUGAAUCCCGUAGACCAUCCUCAUGGUGGAGGAGAGGGCAAGAGCAAGAGUAGUGGAAAAUAUGGGAGAGUCUCUGUUUCUCCUUGGGGCAAACCAACCAAGAGUGGAUACAAAACUGGCCCACUGAAGCGCAGAAGGUAGCCUGAGACAUUCUUCCAUUGGUUAGUUUGAGCUCUUCUGUGUGAUGUUAGUAAUAAUUGCUGUAACAUUUAUGCAUGUUAUAAGAUUCCCCUGUCUAAAUGAUGAAUUCAGAAGCUCCAGUCAUUCUGUGGAUUGUAUAUUGGAGUAAGUUUUGUCAUUGCAAGUUAAUUGGUUUUCCAUUUUCUUUCUACUACAUGACACAUGUGAGGGUUUAAUUUAUAAACCCCUUAUGUUCACAGUAUGAAUUUGGGGCCAUCAUUGGCCACCGUUUCUAAACCAAGAUCUUUAUAGCAAUUUAGUGUUGAGAUAUAUGGGUAAUUAAUUGGACGAAUUUUCCCUGCGUGUACAAA